AUGUCUGAAAGUAAAUUGGAUUUGGAGGAGAAGAGAAACAAGCAAUUGGAGGAGGCACGCAAGCGUGUGGAGGAGUUGAAGAAGAAGAAGAAGACGAAGGGGAAGAAGGGGAAGAAACUUAAGAAGGACGGUGAGGGCGCAGGCGCUGAUACGAGCGAUGGAACACCGGCUGCAGGGGAUAUUCCAGACGGCGAAGGUGUUCCUGGGGACCUGUCUGAUGAGCCAAGGGCAAUUGAAGAAGAUGCAGGGGAGGGUUCCACAAAGGUAGACGAACUCUCUGUUGAUGUGCCCUCCACGGAGGAUUUAACACAAGUACCAGAGGACGAACCAUCUCUCGAUGGUGCUGAAGUUACAGGCAAGGAUUCUGUGGAGUCGAAGAAGGAGGAACCGUCUGUUGACGCCGCGGAAACUGCUAAUGAUAACUCAGUGGAGGUGAAGGAGGAGCCGUCUGGUGACGCUGUGGAAACUGCUAAUGAAGAGUCCGUGGAGGUGAAGAAGGAAGAAAGUUUUUCACAAGGUGCAGCACAGGAUGACAUCUUUGGUAGCCACACUGAAGGUGAAUCAGACUUCUUGGAGACGAUCAAGAAGGAAGGCGAGCAGAAUCAAGCCGAACAGCUGACACAGCAGGUCACAGAACUGACUGAGCUCAACAGGAAACUAAAGUUCACAAACAUAGAACAAGAGAGCACCAUCGAUGAAUUGACCGAGGAAAUCGGUGCCCUAAAGUUGCGGAUACAACAGCUACAAAACUCGCUUACAGAGACGCAGACUCGUCUAACGGCAGCAGAGGAAAGGCCUGCCUCACCAACUUUGCAGAAGACAGGGCCUCGCGGUGCGUCUGUUGAGUUUGCCAGUUUCCAAACAGGUUCUCCGGCACCGGACAAAUCACUAUCUGCUGGGUACUUUGAUUCUUCUAGAAGCCAAACCCAACGUAUAGAAGAGCCUGUUGUCGAUCGUGUCCUACUCGAUAAAUGGAAGAAUUGGAAUGUGGAUAUGACCACUUGGAGAAGCAUUGGUUCGGGUCCCAUCGUUAGCUUGUAA